AUGGACCACGACGUGGAGGUCGCUCUUUGGCAGCGAGGAAUUUUGCUUGAAGGAGACCAAGAAAUUGGACCUGCCUGCUACCUCUUUGAAGCUUCCAUCUCAGCCUUCUCCACACUUUUGCAAGUUCUUACUGCUGAUUCAGUUCAUUAUGAUUCAGAAUCAUACGGAAGUCUCAGGGAGGAGUUCCGGAAGUUCUACAUGUGGAAUGAAGGCUUUUCGACGCGCACCGGGGACCUAGACCACGUUUUAGCCUGCUCUAAAAAUCUUAAGGCAACAGUCUUAAGCCUGAUGGUUCAAUGGGUUAAAACCGUCUCUAAAGUACCGGAAAUCAUGCCCGAAUUUGACUGGUCUUCUGUCUUCACCAAGUUUACCGAGCUCCAAAUGAUCACCGGCAAGGUAGAGCAGGUCGCGAAAGCUUCGAUCUCAGACAUGAAAUCACAAUAUUCUGUUUUUGAUAGCUUCAACCUUGAAGACGGUUCGGAAUCGGAUUCAGAUUCAGACCUUGAAUCAUAUAUGAGCGAAUACGUCUUUGAAGACAUCAUUGAGGAUUUAAGUACGUAUAUGGAAAGUUUAGCCGAUCUAUCACCUUCUCUCGAUCACCCCGCCACAGACCAUGCAUUCAUCGAGGACGUUAACACAUCACUCAUCGAUGAAUUCUCAACUGUCUCCGAACCCGCCAAGCCUUUUGUCUUGAUAAUCAGGGAUCGUUUCCCAUCUUUGGACGCUGGUAUCGCCAAAAGAUUAGGAGAAGCUAAUUGGCAACGACGGGAGCGACUGCGGAUGAAGCUUGCCUCUGCUCCCGAAAUGGGAGAGUUCUACGCGGAGGACGAUGGCAAUUCAAGCACUGGAGACACAAUCGUCGAUGCAGGCCGGCAAGUGGUCGAGGAUCAGCAAACGAUAGUGGGCACUGCCCGUUCGAGUAUCAGCGUUACAAGGACCUUUCAGUCAACCACGAUAGAAUCUCGAUUCUCAGAUCCGUCUAUAUUUGACAAUGCGUCAAUUCAUGUCCCUACUCCUGGUCGGGUUCGCCGUGCUGAAUCAGUAACAUCAUUCGCUACUUCAGUAGCCCGGGGGAUGGACUAUGGGCAACGGAGAGUGCCCAAUUUGCCAGUAGACCAUGUUUAUGGAUCGACGUUUCAAUGUAACAUAUGUGGUGAUACUUUGACAACGAUCCGGCACCGUUCAGAUUGGAAGUAUGAAACAUGUCUUCAACGACCUGGAGCCCUAUAUCUGCCUCUUCAGUAA